CAUUUCAUUGAGCGUUGGUGACUCUAGAGUUUGUGUGUUUUAUGAAAUUGUUUAGUAUUAUUAAAGGAAAAAAGAAUUUCAUCAAAUUGAGACGCUUAUUUUAUUGAAAAAAUUAUUUUACACCUUUUUUAGGUUUCAAUUACUUAGUGUGUAAGUUUAUUUUUAAACGGUGAAACACAAUGUCUUCGAGAAAGAAGGUUAUGGAUUCAAAGGAUCAAAAACGACACUCCAGAAAUUGUAGUGUUAAAAAGGGACCAGGACAAUAUGAGGAGCCGGAUGUUGUGAGUUCAAGUGACGAAGAGCAAGGGGAACAAAUCACUAAAGAUAAGACUUUGAAAAUUAUCAAUGCAGUUCGUAGACGUCAACCUUUAUGGGACAAUCGACUAACGAAAGUGGACCGAAAUGCUGCGGUUCUUCUACGAUUGUGGACCGAAGUAGACGAAGAAUUGGGAUUGAAACCCGGAGUGGCGAAAACAACAUGGUCUACUACUCGGCACAAAUUCAAUUCCGAGAGACGCAGAGUUGAAGGUGGAAAUCCUUCCAAUUGGCCAUAUUAUCCUAAUCUUAGUUUCCUUCUUGUCACUCGUUCUAAACUGCCAUUGGACGAUUCAAUGAAACCACAAUCAUCAAAUAUUAUCGUUCCUGAGCCAAAAGUGCAACAACCAAAGAAAAGGAAAUCAGCGGUAAAUCAUCAAGUUAUUGAACAAUCGACACAAAUUAUUCCAGUUCCAGUUGUUUCACGAGGGCAAAUUAGAAACAAUAGGCAACCGCUUUACAUUCCGCCCAGACAUUCUUUGGAUGACACAAUGAAACGUGAACUGCCAAUUGAAUCUUCCGAUUCGGAAGUUGAUGUCGUUGAGGAGAUUAAUAUGAGAAAUGGUUCAAUAUUACAGAGGCACAUGGAAAAUCCAUUACCCUAUAAAAGAGUUUGCAUUCGACAGAUGCAACAAACAGAAGUGCAAAAUCUUGACGAGGACGAUGAGGACGAUGAAAUAAAGCGAUUUUGUUCAUAUCUCGAAGUAAUGUUAAGAAAAAUGCCAAAAAUGAAUCAAGAAUUAUUUUGCGAAGAGACAUUGGAUCAUCUCGCAAAUAUGAAUCGUAAAUUAAGAAGAAAUAAUUUUUAAAUUAAAGAUUUAGAAACUUUAAGAAUAAAGAUUUAAAAAUAGGAUAAUGUAAAAUAAAAACAAAGAGUAUUUUAUGAUAUUUGUCAUAGUACAAAAUAAUUACAAAUUUUUUUUUUGUUCGUUAUAAAAAGCAUUUAUUAUUUUAUUUUUUUCAUUUAUUUUUUUUUUAUGUUUUUGUACUUUACGCAAAAUAAACAUUGUCUGGAGAUACACUUAAAAAAGUGUGCAUUUUAGUUGCUGAGAUAAAAAAAAUUAUAUUUAAGCAAAUUUAAGAAAAGCUUUUUUUAUUUUUUAAUAUAUAAUUACGUUUCUUGUAAACAGUCGAGUAUGUAUUUGUAAUAAAGAUUGUUAAACAGUUAA